GCUCACUUCUCCACACUACUGCAUCAUGUCCGUUCACUGAUUCCUUUAGCUAUUGUCACUUUAAAAGGCAUUUUACCAGAUUUCAACUUCCACAAAUCAAAUCACGGAUUUGGAGUAUGAUUUUAAGACUCAUGACUUCUGAAAAACCUUGUAUGGAAAGACAAGGAAACCAAUUGGGGCAAUGGGACAAAGUUCAGCCAGAGGGACACCUUUAGAGAAUCCUGAUCUCUAAUGCUUCGUUCCUAAACUACUCCAUUAAAGAUUUUGGAGGAGCUUUUUGUCCCGUCCGCAUUAACGUGCCACUUUUCAAUCCUUAUAUUGAUCAAAGUAAUUCUGGAAAAUGGUUGGAUUUGGACCUGCAGAUGUGCCUCCAUCGGCAGCUGUGAAGUUUGUAGGAGCAGGGACUGCAGGCUGCAUUGCCGACCUGCUCACCUUUCCCCUGGACACAGUCAAAGUGCGGCUGCAGAUACAAGGAGAGGCUUCAGCAGCUGCAGUGAGGUAUCGUGGAGUGUUUGGCACCAUCACCACCAUGGUGCGUACAGAGGGGCCCAGGAGCCUCUACAGUGGACUGGUGGCAGGACUCCAGAGGCAGAUGAGCUUCGCCUCUGUCCGCAUUGGUCUCUACGACUCUGUAAAACAGUUCUACACUAAAGGCUCCGACCAUGUUGGUAUCGGGAGUCGGCUGCUAGCAGGAUGUACCACUGGUGCCAUGGCGGUUGCUUUUGCCCAGCCUACAGAUGUGGUGAAAGUCCGCUUCCAGGCACAGGCCAGGUCUCCAGGGCAUGCCAGACGCUACUGUAGCACCAUUGAUGCUUACAAGACCAUUGCUAAGGAAGAAGGCAUUCGUGGUCUUUGGAAAGGUACAGCUCCAAACAUUGCACGAAGUGCAAUUGUGAACUGCACUGAACUGGUGACAUACGAUUUCAUCAAGGACACACUCCUUAAGUCCACUCCGCUGACAGAUAAUCUGCCCUGCCACUUUGUAUCAGCCUUUGGUGCAGGGCUGUGCACAACAGUGAUUGCCUCUCCAGUUGAUGUUGUCAAGACAAGAUAUAUGAACGCUGCUAUUGGACAGUACAGCAGCGUCCUCAAGUGUGCUGCCGCCAUGAUGACCAAAGAGGGACCGCUUGCCUUUUAUAAGGGGUUCAUGCCAUCUUUCUUACGCCUGGGCUCCUGGAACGUGGUGAUGUUUGUGACUUACGAGCAGCUGAAACGAGCCAUGAUGGCAGCGAAUCACAACCGCACAACUAGGCUGUAACCGUUAUUGUCUGUCAGAAGGCUGAUGAUGUUGCAUGGCGGUGUUGUUUACAAAUGUCUUUACUUUUUGUUGCCUACUAGUGCAACUUGAAAUAUUAUACAAAUGGUGUUGAUACCGCACUCUCUCUCACGACCACACUAACCAUCAGUCCCAGGAUAGCAACACAUAUAUUAGAAUGUGAUCAAUAUUUCAAAGCUAGAGCUUGUUUGAUCAGGUGCUUCCUCUCUGCGGAGAGCUUCUCUGGAAACUGGAUGUCAAAAGUAAUGAUGAGGUUCCCUCUCUGUGAAGGAUCCUGGGACAGCGGCAUUCCCUCUCCGGUCACCACUUUUUUGUACGAAGGGCUGAUAAAUAAAUAAAUCAGAGACAGGAAGAUGGUAAUUUAUGCAGAUGACACACAAACCCAAAGAAUAUCCUUCAAGAAAUCUCUUUGGUGUACAUUUGAUAUAAAGUGCUUGAAUUUCUUAUGAUCACUUAUAUUAUUUAUUCAUUUAAGCGUAUGAUGUAUGCAUUAAUAUGAUUACAAAAUACAGUCUUUUACAUGUUAUUUAAUACUCCACCUACUGUACAAUGUCAUUGAUGGGAAUACUGAUUAGCCUGCCAUCUAGUGUCUCCACAUCCACAGAGAACCCAGUCAAGGCCUGUUGGAAAGGUUCAGUGUUUAUUCUACUUAAACCAAAUCUUCAAGUAUAACUGAUGAUUAAAACCACAUUAGUAUGACUCACCAUCUCCAGAGUGAUCUGGGCCUUGUAGAUCAGGUCAUUUUGUUGUCUUACGAACAGAGGAUGACUCUUCUGUUGCACGAUGAACACGAUAUCUGCAGGGAUGCUGUUU